AUGACAAGCAGUGCUAGUAAUAAUACAAAUCCUAAUGGAGGUAAUGAUCCAACUGAUAAUUUUACUUUAUUUCAUAAUCGAACACCUGUUUGGUCAACAUUAAAUCAAUCUGGUAUUGAUCAUAAUUGGAAUGAACCAUUAUUUUCACCAUCUCAUCGUCCAUGGCCAUCUGAACCAUUUGGUAGUGAUAUUGGAGGAGAUGAAUUACCGUAUCCAAGACAAUUAAAUCAUCAUAAUCAUGAUUUUAGUCCAUUACCAUCAUCACCAGCAAAUCUAUUAAAUGGUAAUAAUCAUCAUAUAAGUCAAUCAGGACGUUUUCAAUUUUCAAAUGAUGUAUCAUCAUCACCAUAUUGUUCACAACAAUUGCCUCUAAUAUCAUCUUGUUUUAAUGAAUCAUUAUAUGAUCCAUCACCAUCAUCAUCAAAUCUAUUUUCGAAUGACAUUGAUCGACGUUCUCUAAAUAUUCCUUCUACUAAUAAUAAUUUACUUGAUUCACGUCAAUCAUUAGAUAAUCAAAAAUUAAGUUUAGAUCAAAUGGUUAAUCGUUUUAAUGAUCUACAAUUACAACCACCAACAUCCUCAUCAUCAUCAUCUUAUCAAAAUUCAUUUUUACCUCAAACAAAUGAUCAACAACAAACAUUAUCAUCAUUCUAUUAUCAACAAUCAUCACCAUUUACAAAUCAUUUAUAUAUGAAUUCAUCAACACAAUAUCAACCAAAUGGUCCAACAACAUCGAAUCUAUUUAAUGAUCGUUAUGAACGUAAUGAUGGUGGUUAUUUACCAUUUUCAAAUAAUUCAUCUUAUUUAUCUGCCAUGCGUUUUUCACCAAAUCAAGCUUAUCGUACAACAAAAAGUGGUAAACAACCAAUUGGCCCGGAAAAUUCCAAUUUAUUUAUAUGUCAUUUACCACAAGAAACAACUGAUCAAACAUUAAUGAAUUUAUUUUCACAAUUUGGUACUGUUUUAUCAGCGAAAGUAUUUGUUGAUAAAAAAACUAAUCAAUCGAAAUGUUUUGGUUUUGUUUCCUAUGAUAAUCCUUCAUCGGCACAACAAGCAAUAUCAAGUAUGGAUGGAUUUAGUGUUGGUCCAAAACGACUGAAAGUCGAAUUGAAAAAACCACGUCGUAAUUCGUAG